AUGGCGAAUUUAAUUAAAACACAAAUGGAAUUACAUAAACAAUUAGACAAGGCUUUAAAAAACUUUAAGAAAACACCUAAAGCUAGACUGACGGAAACAUACGCUCAAGUAAAAUUAGAAUUGUUAGAAGAUUUAUGGAACAACUUUAAACAAAAUCAUCAAAUAUUGAUGAUAACCACUGAGAUUAAUAUACAUGAAUCAGAUUACAUAAAGAAUGAAAUUUAUGAUUUAACUGAAGAUAUUUUUACUGCUGCUAAAUGUGAGAUGAAGGAGAUUCUUAAGACAUUUUGUUCACCUAAUCCGACUUCAGAUAGUAAUCAGACCACGUCGUCUCAGUCGAAAGCACCUACAGCUAUGGCUCCGGAAUUAAAAUUACCCCAUAUUAAUAUUCCCGUAUUUACAGGAAAAUAUUCCGAGUGGAUACCAUUUCAUGAUUUAUUUGUGUCGCUUAUUCAUCGAAAUUCAGCACUUAUGGACGUACAAAAACUACAUUAUCUUAAGUCUAGUCUGAGUGGAGAAGCAGCAACAUUAUUAAAACACAUACCCAUAAGUGAAGCUAAUUAUGAAGAUGCGUGGGUGAUAUUACAAAAGCGAUAUAAUAAUAAACGAUUUAUCGUCACAUCUAUUCUAAAAAGAUUACUGUCACAAAAGUCGCUAUCUACAGAAUCAGCAGGAACUAUUAAAAACCUGCUUGACACAACAAAUGAAUGUCUAAGUGCAUUGAACAAUAUUGGAGUAUACACCUUGAGUUGGGAUGCAAUUCUAGUUCACCUAACUGUCACUAAAUUAGAUCCAGAAUCUAUCCGUUUAUGGGAACAACAAAUCAGUCUAGAAGACGAGGGUAAUAGCUUGCCGACAUUUAAACAAUUAUGCAGCUACCUUGAGUCACGUUUUCGCACUCUUGAGAUGUUGGAAUCCACAAAGACCAUGUCCAGACCUAGUACAAGGCAGAACACCUUUCACACGACCUUCAAAACUAGUUGUAAAUAUUGUCACGGGAAUCACUUUAUAUAUCAAUGCAAGGAAUUUGCCCACCUUACAUAUACUGAUCGCAAACGCUUCGUGGAACAGAACAGAUUAUGCUACAACUGUUUGAUUCCGUAUCAUACCGUUGACAAAUGCAAACAAAGGUCUACAUGUCGGAGAUGUGGUAAGAAACACCAUUCACUUAUUCACCCCGAAGGAAACACCUCAGAUCAUCUUUCUCCAGAUGCAGGAGGAAGUUCACACAUACGAGAUAAUAGACAACCUGAAGUAGCUACAACACCAGUCGAACACAAUGUAGUGGCCCAUUACGCGGACCAGGAAAUGACCAAAAAUGUGCUGUUGGCCACAGCAUUGGUUAAAAUUCAUACAACAAAUGGGACUACAUAUUCUUUGCGUGCUCUGAUAGACCCGGGAUCCGAAGGUUCAUUUAUAACGGAGUCCGCUGCACAGUUCCUUGGAUUAAAGAAAACUACAGUCAGAUGCACAAUUAAUGGACUGGGCGACAAUGACAAAGCAAGUCUCACAUCCACUAGCAUGGUUACAUUCGUUGCACAAUCGAGAUAUGAUUCAAACUUCACUGUACCAGUACAGGCGUUUGUUUUGAAGUCGAUUACUCGGGCACUACCUGCUCAACGAAUACGCGAACAGAACUGGCUACAUCUGCACAACUUGGAUUUAGCAGAUCCAUACUUUGACACACCUGGGAAGGUUGAUAUCCUGUUGAGUGCAGAAAUUUACAGUGAGAUCCUGAAAGAAGGAUUAAGAAAAGGCCCCCGUGGUACCAUUAUAGCGCAAAAUACAUACCUCGGGUGGAUUUUGUUAGGCCGGUUGCACAAUGAGGAGACUAUACAAAGCUACAAAAUCACGACUAGUAUGCAUCUAACAAUUGAGGAUAAUUUACUACAAAAAUUUUGGGAGAUGGAAUCUGAUUCUAAACAUGAGAAGAUUCUUACUGAAGAGGAGAGUCGAUGUGAGAAAAUGUAUGAGGAGACUUAUACUAGAGAUAAAAGUGGUAGAUUUAUAGUACGCCUACCAUUUAAAGAAAAUCCACCUUGUCAAUAUGGAUCAUCGAGAGAUAUAGCUGAAGGACGACUGAUACAAUUGGAGAAGAGAUUUACAAAAGAUUCUGAUUUAAUGAAACAAUACAGUCAUGUCAUGAAGGAGUACCUAAAUUUAGAUUUCAUGGAAGAGAUAGUUGAGGAACAUGAUCGACAGAUACCAACAGCUGUUUAUAUACCUCAUCAUGCCGUGAUUAAUCCGAAAAAGACGACAGUGAGAGUUGUAAUGGAUGCUUCGUGUAAAUACAAAAACGGAACUUCACUCAAUGAUAGUCUCAUGGUUGGUCCUCGUCUUCAACCAGAUUUACGCCACAUCAUUCUACGAUGGCGAUACCACAAGAUCUGUUUAGUGGCCGACAUUACAAAAAUGUAUUUGCAAAUUAAAGUUGACGAAGCAAGUUCAAAUUAUCAACGUCUCCUUUGGAGAAACAAUUCUACUGAAGACGUUAAACAUUAUAGAAUGACUAGUCACUUUCGGUACUAUGCUCCUUAUUUAGCGACAAAAACUCUGCAUCAGCUUGCUAGGAGACGAAUAAGUGCAGAUACAAUAGAAACCGCUAAAAAGAUUUAUGAUGAGAUGAAUGGAUUAAUGGCUGCUGGCAAGUUUCAGUCACAGAAGUGGAAUACUAAUGAUACAGAGCUUCUAAGUUAUAUGAGAAAAGCAGAUGAUGAAGUUACUGAGUUAGAGUUUCAACUGGAAGGUACAAUUAAAACAUUAGGAAUAGUAUGGGACAGAACAAAAGAUGAGUUUCAGUAUUCAGUAGAUAUUCCAGAUAUAUCAUCUCCAGUGACAAAAAGAUCUAUUGCACGAGAUGUAGCCAAAUUAUUUGAUCCAAUGGGAUGGCUUGCGCCAGUUAUCAUCAUUGCUCGCACUAAGGUGGCUCCUGUAAAAACUAUAUCGUUGCCACGUUUGGAGUUAUGUGGAGCGGUCUUAUUAACACGGCUGCUUAUUGAGAUUGCAGAACAUUUGAAUAAACAUCCAAGCACAUGGAAGACAUUUGUGGCAAAUAGGACAUCUGAGAUAAUAACCUCAUUACCUGGUCAUCAUUGGUUUCAUGUACCAUCCAAGGAGAACCCUGCUGAUCUAGCAUCUCGAGGAGUUACUGCAUCUAAGUUAAAGAAAGAGACAUUAUGGUGGAAAGGGCCAGAAUGGUUGAGAAGAGAUACUAUAAAACAUAUGAUAACCCUACCAGAUUUGAAAGAAGGAGAAAUAGAACAAAGACCGGUAAAAGUAUUUACAACACAGAUAGAGAAUAACUUUUCAGAAAUAUUUACACGAUUUUCUACAGUGACAAGACUACAGAGAGUAAUAGCACUUUGUAAACGUUUCGGACAGAUAAGGAUAAACAAAUUCCCAAAAUAUGUAACAGCUGAAGAAUUAGACAAUGCAUUGAAAGCAUGCAUCCUUAUAUGUCAGCAAGAAGAAUUUUCUAAGGAUAUAGCGAGUAUUAAGGACAGUAAAGCUGUAAAACAAUACAGCAAUCUGCGAUCUCUUAGUCCAUUUUUAGAUAAAAACGGCAUAUUAAGAGUCGGAGGUCGUUUACGACACGCUAAUAUUCCUGAAGAAGCGAAACAUCAGAUAAUUUUGCCCGAUUGUCAUUAUUUAUCCAAACUAAUUAUCGCAAAUGCACAUAAAAAAACUUUACAUGGGGGUCCAACUCUCAUGCUAAGUUUCUUGAGACAGAAUUACUGGAUUCUCGGUGUCAAGAGAAUGAUUAAGCAAGAAGUGCAUAGAUGUGUUAUCUGUGCCAGACAUCGUGCAACUAUUGGUACACAAUUAAUGGCCGAUCUACCUCCACAAAGAGUAACACCCACAAGACCCUUUUUGCAUAGCGGAGUUGAUUUUGCUGGACCUGUUGACUUGCGUAUAUCUAAGGGUCGAGGUUGUAAAACGUCUAAGGGUUAUCUAUGUAUAUUUAUUUGCAUGGCAACAAAGGCCAUUCACAUUGAAAUUGUAAGCAGUUUAGAGAGUGCCGAUUUUAUUGCUGCGUUCAAACGAUUUACCGCUCGACGAGGACACUGCCGUCACAUGUGGAGCGACAAUGCCACUAACUUUAUCGCUGGUAACAAGGAGUUACGAGCCCUGUUAAAAGAACAAUUGCGCACUGUUGGAGAAAUUUUAGACAUGCUUGCUAGAGAUGGCACACACAAAUGCGCCCCAUUUCGGAGGCAUAUGGGAAAUUAA